ACCUUCACCUUCACCUUCACUUUCGCCCUCGCCCUCGCCUUUACCUUUACCUUUACUUUAUUUGCCACCAUCCUUGUCGCCUUUCCUACUUCACUCUCGCACGCCUUGACCCCCCAAUUGCUUGCUACAAUAAUCACUCACCCUCUCAACCCCCGCCCACCUCUCAUUCCUACCAAACCUUCAAAAACUCCUCAACUUUUCUUCUCUCUUCUCUCUUCUCUCUUCUCUUCUCAUUCCUAUUUCUUGAUAUCACCACGCUGUACAACAGUUUCUCGUUCCGGGAUCUGCUCGUACAUUUACCCAUUUCAAUCUCUCUCAUCUCUUCCAUUUCUACUCCACUACCCUACUACGUUCAAACGUUCAGCACCCUCUCUCACUUAACGCGUGAUAACGCCAAUUUGCUUGGAAUCACUCCAGCCGCUGAUUAUCAAUUAGCUGGAGAAAAAGAAGCUUGAGUACGAAUACCUGAAAGAACAACGUCGUCGUUUCGAGGCUGAAAUGGAACUUCUUGAUUUACAGUCUCGCCGUGACGAGGAGGAAAUCCACCGUCUCUCUUCUGACAUCCAGUACGGAAAACACAGCCAGCCGACUACCCCGCCUGAGUACAGCGACAGCUUUGGCUUUCCUACUGCUCUUUCUCGACCAAACCGUUUCAGCAUGUCCAGCGUGACUGGUGUGAGCACUCCUCGUGGCAGCCGUUCCGGAUCGCAGAUCACCUCCCCUCCGUCUGGCCAGGCAACACAAGGCGCAAGUCACAACAAUAACAAUCACUUGCCCUCUAAGUCUGUUCCUGGCUCGCGCCGCAACUCAGACGAAGAAGGCGACGACUUCGACAACACCGAAUUCGCACCCAUGAGUCCAGUCUUUCGCAACAACAAUCGCAUGUCUAUGCCUGUCACCAACCUUGAUCUUCGUGGUCGCGACGACCUUCCUGACCUCGCUUCUGUCCUGGGUCAUAUCAACACUGCUGCGUUCCUAUUUGGUGACGACGAGAAGUCUCAGAACACUGCCCCUUCACCUGACGCCAAAUCGUUUCUACAAAUGAAUACUACCGACGACAAGUUCCCCAUCCUCGUCCGUCGUGACACCAACGGUAAUGGCGCCGAAGGCCAGAACGGCGGUUGGUCGUCGUACCGUCACCGUCACUCGCAGCAGUCUUUGCCUACGAAUACACUUCGCAAGGCCUCUCAGGUCGAUGAGUAUGACGUGAGCCAAGUCAACGGUAAUGGCAACGUUGAAACUACACCGACAAAGCCAAACGCCAACAAUCGUCGCUCCGUUGAGUUCAGUGGUUUCAGCCCUUACGGUGGUAAUGGCAACAAGCGCUCCAGCUAUCAUGCCAGUCCAUCCAAUGGUAUGCCUAAGCUCCAGCAGUCCUACUCGAGCAACGAUGUCCCUACCCUGAAGAAUGGCGACAAUGGUAGUGGUGCCAACGGUUCUGGUUUCGGUAAGACUCAUGCUGAGCAACACCUCCACAACCACAAUGCCAACAUGGGUCGCAUUCCAGCCAAUGCUGUCUCCAACCGUCACAGCCGUGACUUGUCGUCUGGCUUCAAGGAUCAAGACAGUCCGUUCCGCUCUCCUCAAUCGGGUCUCCAUGCAUCUGCAGCACCUUUCGGACCUACUAUGUCAGCCGCCUCCAGCAUGAAUGGCUCCGUCGCUGGUUCUGUUGGCUCGCCUGGCAUGUCCCAGUAUCCCACCAAUUCACCUGCCAAUGGUCCCUACUACGGAUACAAUGUGGCCAUGUUGAAUGGCGCAAUGAAUGGGCUCAACCUCGGACCUCAGAUGGGUGCCCCUCAAAUGAAUGCUCCUCAAAUGGGCGCUCCACCUGUCUUCAAUCCUAAUGGUGUCUACCCCACUGGCCCCAGUCAAUACUACAAUCCUUACACCACCUUCGGACCGAAUGGCCGCGUUCAAGACAGCCAGGCUCGCGUCAUCCAGAGCCGCCGUAUGCAAAACGAUGCCAACCGCUUCAUGAACUACGACCUGAAGACGAUGCCUCGCCAUGAGAUCUACACCCUGUGCAAAGAUCAACAUGGAUGCCGCUUCUUGCAGAAGAAGCUCGAAGAACGCAAUGAAGAGCACCUAGACAUUAUCUUCCAAGAGACUGCUCCGCACGUAGUUGAGCUCAUGACUGACCCAUUUGGCAACUACCUUUGCCAGAAGCUCUUGGAGUAUACCAAUGAUGAACAACGUGAUGCGCUCGUCCGCAACGCCGCACCAUCUCUCGUUCAGAUUGCCUUGAACCAGCAUGGAACCCGUGCUCUUCAGAAGAUGAUCGAGUUUGUUUCUACCCCUCAGCAGAUACGCAUGAUCAUCGAAGCGUUCGCCGACCAAGUCGUUGAACUUAUCCAGGAUCUCAACGGCAAUCACGUCAUCCAGAAGUGCUUGAACCACCUCAAGGCUGAAGAUGCUCAGUUCAUCUUCGAUGCGGUAGGCCAGCACUGUGUCACUGUUGGCACUCACCGCCAUGGCUGCUGCGUCCUCCAGCGCUGCAUUGAUCAUGCCUCUGGUUUCCAAAAGGUCCAGCUUGUCCGCCAAAUCACCAACAAUAGCUUCAACUUGGUCCAGGAUCCUUUUGGCAAUUACGUUGUGCAGUACAUCUUAGAUCUCAACGACCCGAGCUUUACGAAUCCUCUGUGCGUUGGCUUUGCUAGUAAGGUCGCAGAGCUUUCUAAGCAGAAGUUCAGCUCCAAUGUCAUUGAGAAGUGCAUUCGUUGCGCUGACAUGGAGACGAAGCGGAUUUUGAUUGAAGAACUGAUGAACCCGGAAGAGCUGGAGAAGCUCAUGAGGGACUCAUACGGGAACUAUGUCAUCCAAACCGCCCUCGAGUUUGCACCCCCCGAGCUAUGCCUCCUCCUGAUCGACAACAUGCGCCCCAUCCUCCCUGCUAUUCGCCAGACUCCCUAUGGUCGUCGCAUCCAGAGCAAGGUCCAGGAGCGUGAAUCCCGUUUGCAGGCCUACACUGGUCGUAAUUCUGGGCAUGUCUCGCCUCACACAAUCUCGACCACGCAGUCACCCGAACGUCGUUCUACUUUCAGUAGCCAGAUUGCUCCUGCUUCGGGUUUCCAAAAUACUCCCAUGUAUACCGCCCAUGCCAAUAGCUAUGGCUCCAACAUUGCCUCUCCACAGCCCCAUCGAUUGAGCAACCCGCCGUUGCCCACCCACAUUCAGAACUCUGUACACAACCAGGCUUAUGCUCAGUAUGGAGGUGGCCAAACCGCCAAUGGCAUGAACAACUUCUUCUGAACAGGCCUCUGAUGACUUCAUGACGCGACGAUUAUUGACGGCCGCUCUCGCUCAGCACCAGGUCUCCCGAUCACUGCCAGCUGACCUCACCCCCGCGCUGUCGUGCUCUGCGACCAUGCUUAUCAUGAGUAUUCCCCUUGCGUAGCUCCCGAUCUUGCGCCAAUAUUCGAGACACCUCGA